GUUAGUCGUGCCUGUAUGAGUGCGUAGAGUAUCAAGGAAGAGGCGGAGGGGAAAGGGGAUCGGUAUCAAUUCGGUGAGAACGGUGAGCCUCCUCCCCGUCGUGCGCUGCCUCGCAGCCGUCGCAGCCAAUGCACCGACGGCACCGACAAAACUAAAUAAUCAACGUCAAAAAUCUGUCAAAUAUGGCGUUACGGCUAGUAAGCCUCAUCGAUACUAAAAUACGCUUCAUAUUACAUUAAUAAUGUUAACGUAUGAUUGUUUUUUUAAAUCGUGUGAUACGAGUGAGAAAUAAGGAGUCGGCUUGAAUUUCAACGGAAAAAACCGGGGGCGUUAUACACAAGUGUCUCGCCGUCGUUCGGUACCUCUUUUUUUUUUUCAGCGCGAGACAAGUGAGAGUGCGCGUGAAAGGUGAUAUACUGGCCGAUGCCGCCGCUGCGUUAUAACGUUUCGCUCAGCGAUUUACUAAAAAGUAUAGAAGAGUUCAAUCUCCCGGUGCACGGAGUGACGUGUGACAGAGAGAUAAUAUUGGUAUCAUGAUUGUGCGACGAAAGAUCGAGUUCGAGUUGUAAAAGGACAAAGCGACGGCUGAAGAGCGAGAGAGAGGGAGUGAGCCAAGAGUGCAUGCAUGUGUGUGGUGGGCAGAAGGGAGGGAACCCCGGUGUAGAGCGGUCAAGAGGCACCAAUACAGAAACACGCACGGGGUUGCCGGAAGUCAGCCGUAGUCGAUCGCGAACGUAGAGAACGAAAUAAGCAGCAGCAGCAACUACGAGGGGAGCCUGGGAGUUUAUACAGACAAAAAAAGCGUCGUUCUUCCUUCACGAUUUUACGACGACCGUGAUAGAAUGAGAUAAACGAUCUGCCGUCGGAUAUUUUUAUCAUUCAAUAUAUACGAGGCUAUCGCUGAUAAAAGGGUGGGCGGUUGGUGAGGGUGGCGGCGGAGCCGGAGGGGGAGGGAGGGCAUGCUAAUAGGGAAACUAUGGGUGCUCAACAGACUAAAGACAGAGUGAUACCUGCCGGGUCAGCGGUACGACAAACUCGUAAACAGCCCAGAAAUCCAAAAGAAUCAAGGCUCAUCGGUUCCAACAUAUUCACCGAACAUAGUGAAGCCCUCCUGCAGAGCAGACCUUUGCCACACAUACCAGCGUUACCAGAAGGCGAUCCACCAAGCGGCUCUAGCGUUCAAUCCAUAUCACAACAGACGAAUCUCCAACAACAGCAUGCAAAUGUGUCAAGCGGUGGGCUCCUCGAAGCAGCCAACAGAUGGACGAGUAAGGAAAAUCUCCUUGCCCAGGAAGAGGACGAUCCACAGCUAUUCGUGGCCCUUUACGAUUUCCAAGCCGGAGGAGAAAAUCAGCUCAGUCUGAAAAAAGGUGAGCAGGUUCGAAUUCUAAGUUACAACAAAAGCGGAGAAUGGUGCGAGGCUCAUUCGAGCACCGGCCAGGUUGGUUGGGUGCCCUCGAAUUACGUUACUCCUGUCAACUCGUUGGAGAAACAUUCGUGGUACCACGGGAGAAUAUCGAGAAACGCCGCCGAAUAUCUUUUAAGUUCCGGCAUAAAUGGGAGCUUUUUGGUACGAGAAUCGGAGAGCAGUCCCGGACAGCGGAGUAUUUCGUUGCGUUACGAAGGACGCGUUUAUCAUUACAGGAUCAGCGAGGACAGCGAGGGAAAGAUGUUCGUAACUACGGAAAGCAAAUUCAAUACAUUGGCGGAAUUAGUACAUCACCAUUCCAUGCUGGCCGAUGGUUUGAUAACGCAGCUACUGUACCCAGCUCCCAAACACAAUAAACCUACAGUUUUCCCACUUAGUCCGGAACCUGACGAAUGGGAGAUCAAUCGAACGGACAUCGUCAUGCGACAUAAAUUAGGCGGCGGACAGUACGGUGACGUCUACGAAGCAGUUUGGAAGAGGUACAACAUGACUGUGGCAGUGAAAACAUUGAAGGAAGACACUAUGGCUCUGAAAGAUUUUCUCGAGGAAGCAGCAAUAAUGAAGGAAAUGAAGCAUCGAAAUUUGGUACAAUUGCUCGGUGUCUGCACCCGGGAACCUCCCUUCUACAUUAUCACAGAAUUCAUGAGCAAAGGAAAUCUUUUGGAUUAUCUGCGGAACGAGAGCAAACAUCAAAUAAACGCCGUUGUUCUGAUGCACAUGGCGACACAAAUAGCAAGCGGAAUGAGCUAUUUGGAAAGUAGGAACUUCAUACACAGAGAUUUGGCCGCGAGAAAUUGCCUGGUCGGAGAAAAUCAUUUGGUGAAGGUGGCCGAUUUUGGUUUGGCACGAUUGAUGAGAGACGAUACGUAUACGGCUCACGCUGGAGCCAAAUUUCCAAUAAAAUGGACGGCACCAGAGGGUUUGGCUUACAAUAAAUUUUCGACGAAAUCGGACGUUUGGGCAUUUGGUAUAUUGCUGUGGGAAAUAGCGACGUAUGGAAUGUCCCCGUAUCCAGGUGUCGAUCUAACCGACGUUUAUCACAUGCUCGAGAAGGGAUAUCGAAUGGAAUGUCCACCGGGCUGUCCGCCAAAAGUAUACGAGCUAAUGCGACAAUGUUGGCAAUGGCUCGCCGUCGAACGACCAACGUUCAAGGAAAUACAUCAUUCGUUGGAAAAUAUGUUUCAGGAGUCCAGUAUUACAGAGGAGGUAGAAAAGCAGCUACAGGGCGGAGGUGAAAUCCCUUUGCUAUCAUACAAAAAAUCGCAUACCGGAAGUACAGGAAAUAUACACGGCCUUGUGCUCGUUACCGAUCAAUUGUCAAAUACGGGUUUGACCCAGGAUGGCUCGAGCACCGUGACGAAACUGAGCACUUUUAUGGGUGGCCUUUCGAGCAAAGCUAACAACAGUAGCAUCGUACAGAUGAGACGUUCAACAAAUAAAAAGGGAAAGCAAGCUCCUGCACCGCCCAAACGUACGAGCCUUUUGUCCUCCUGCAGUUCGUUCCGCGAUUCAGCCUAUCAGGAACAGGAUCAGCGUGACAUUGACGUCGGCGGUGUCGGCCUCGAUGAUGGAACAGAUGUAAAUGGUAUUGAUAAGAUUUUUCAAGGUAUCACGCGAGAUCUUGUGACAAUGGCGACACAAUCGAUAACGGCAGGAGGCUGCGAUUUGGACGACGACGGGGACGGAGGAUCCCAAGGGACUGCGGAGCCAAAUUAUCCUCCGCAGCCGUCGGCCUCACCGGAGCCAGUGCCCAACAAACAGAGCAAUCUCAAACAAAUUAAAACACGACCCUACCCAUCUAAGGAAGUACUACCCCAGAAGCUGGUACACGUGGGAGCCCUGGAAGUGCAAAAUGUUAAGCGUGCCAUAAACCGCUACGGCACAUUGCCAAAAGGUGCAAGAAUCGGGGCAUACCUCGAGUCUCUUCGUCAGAGUGGAAUGCCCUCUAGUCAAGAGGGUGGAGGCGGAGUAUCGAUAAGCUCGUUGUCGUCGACGAGUAAUCAGCAGCAGCAGCAAAAUUCGCAAAAUCAACAACAACAGCAGCAGCAGCAGCAGCACGAUAUGACGAGCGGAAGUUCCAGUAUAAUGGAGAGUCAACAGCAUCGUUCGUUGUCACCUCGUCAGAACAAUUUGCGAAAUCAGCCGCAAAUGACUCGGAGUAACUCGUCGAGCGGUGUAGUGAGCACUUAUCAACCGCCAAAUUCGCCGCGCAGUCGCGGUUCGGGCUCUCGCAAGACCAACAACGACAACAUUGGCCUGAGGACAUUUAGAUCGGGAACGGCUGCUGCGGUAGCAGCGAAUACGUCGACCUUUCGUACGGCAAGUCCAUCGAGAUUGGUCCAACCUACUCUGGCGGAUCUUGAGUUUCCACCGCCGCCACUCGAUUUGCCGCCACCGCCUAACCAUCAUCAUCAUCACCAUCACCACCAUCACCACCAUCAUCAGCAGCAGUCGUCUUCGAAUUCCGGGGAUCAGUGCGAUUUGCCAAUAACCUCCUCGUGCUCGCUGAGCGUCGAUUGUGGCUCAACUAAAUCCUCGGGGUCUCCGCUGGGUACACGCAAAUCAAAAUCGGAUAGAACGCGAGGUUCGCGGGAAGAGCCAACCAGUGGUGAACAGGAGGCCGAAGAGCGCGGCAAUGACGUCAGCACCGCGGAGCCAUCGGUCCGUGAGGCGAGUUCACGCUUCGGCGUUAGUCUUCGACGACGAGAAACUCAAACGAGCGAUUCUACAACAUUUUCGAACAAUUCGUCGAGGGUGUCGACUGAGGAGAAAAAGGUCGCAUCGGUGGUGGGCCAGCAGCAGCAGCAGCAGCAGCAACGUGGCAAAGAAAUAUCCGUGCGAAAGCACGAAUCGAUCAUGUCCCCACCGGAAGAAUCGCCACCACCGCCUCCACCCCCGCCGCCACCUCCUCUGGAAUCUUGCAACGACACCUUCAUCGAUAAGCCCGGUAUGAAGGAGAUGCUGGAGUUGAAGCUCAUAAACGAGAUUAAGAACAGCGCCGACAACAAAACGAUAAUCGGUGGUGCUGUUAACAGCAGAGCGAACACGACGAGCAGCGGCGUCGCUUCGAUGUCCCUCGAUCCGGCCUCUCAAUUGUUGUCCGAAUUGUGCGCCAGUUUUAGCAUGGAAGGUGCCGGCCCAACGAGGCAAUCGUUCCAGCCGAGCGAGUACGCGAUAUCAACGUUAAAAAGUACGGAUUCGGGGAACGAUGUGUCUCGAGAUUCAUGCGAAAAGUAUGCGAGCGUCACAACGAAACAGGAAAUAUCUCCGAUCGUUGAGAGCGUUCCUCCCAAUGCGGUUGGUACCUUCAAGCUCAAGCGCGUUGAGAAAACUCGAAACAAUCAUCCACCGAAGGAGGAAACGAGCGACGGCCCGCAAAUCAUUGAUUUUAAAGCGCGUUUACGGAAAGUGGACAAUACCGAAAAGCCUAACGAGGAAAGAGGCGGAGGCGGCGGCGGCGGCGGCGGCAGUGGCAACAGCAAACGUACCUCUGAGGAAACAACAGCGAGCAGUGACGGAUAUUCGGGAACGAACGAGGAGCAACAGGAGGAGGACAAACGUCGAAGCACCGGUAGCAUAAGUAGCCUCAAAAGAUUGUGGGAGAACAAGGAAGCUUCCUCGAUCUCGAUUGAGAAUCAACCUCCUAGUCCAAAAUUGGGUGCUCGAGGUACGAUGAAGCAGCAGGAAACGACAGACCCCGGUGAAGAGUCUCCGGAGGAUCAUAGCGGAGCUUCAACGAGAAGUUCAACGAGCAAACAGAGCAGCGAGACCCGCUCUUGGCCGCCUCCGAUAACGAGCCUCGAGCUCGAGAAACCAAUCGUACCGGCAAAACCACCGAAAUCGUUGGUCGUCAGCUCCGCCAAACAUUUCGUGUCCUCGAUAUACGCGACGCCGAAUUGUGACAGACAAACCACCAGUUUAGCUCACUCCGGUAGCAAUACGAGCGCCGACGAGGACGCCUCGAAGCAGCAGAUCGUCGAUACAACCAAAAACUCGAAACACAACGUUCUCGAGAUUUCAGCUGCGAUCGAGAACAGCAUAACCAAUCUCAAAGGUUCACCAUCGAUCGUAAUCGCCAGCUGGCUCCAAUUGUCCGACAAAGUGGGCCUCCUGCACGGCAUAUGCGUCGGCAUGACCGACACCGCGAUAUCGCCCCACGUGAGAUUUCAAUUUCGCGAUAUUCUCACGCGCCUCGAGCUACAGGCUCGUCAAUUACGAGCUGCUGGUACCCGAAAUAUCACCGAGAACACAAGACUGCUCAGUGACGUACAGAAUACGAUCAAAGACGUAACUAAUAUGGUACAGCGAUAAGCCGCUUGCUGCUGCAUCAUCGGUGUGUGCAUGUCCCGAGCUGCGUGUUGUGCGAUUGCGUGUGUGCGUGCGCGUUUGCAUGAGUGAAAGUAAAUAACGACCGAUUCAACGAAUCAAAAACAAAUAAUUCAUUUACGAAUGGAGCCCAUGACGAAAAAUUUAGGAUACGAUGAUCCAUGCACUUUUCAAUCGUCUCAUCGUCUAGGAUAUUUUAUUUAUAUCGUGUCCCUAAUGGUGAGGGUCGUAAGUGUCGGAAACUACCUUCCAAACAAACUAAAUUUCGCUACAUUGACCCCCCCCCGGUCGAAAGAACACGCGCAGAAGGUACGCGAAAUCGAAUAUUCCUCUCGGCAGCGUCGCAUCUUCUGACGAAAAUCAUAUCGGGCUAUUGAAAUUCAUUUUUAUCUAUGGGCUGGAUUUCCAUGAAAAAACGUACCAUCUCCGAAGGGUGAUGGGUUCUUUUUGUUCAAAACAUAUUCAUGCUAAAUUUGAUGCACUAAUGAAGGUUCAUUUGUAUUGCAGCAUAUCUUUGAACCUUAAAAACCGCUAAUAACGAUAGAUUCGCAAAACUUUAAUCUAAAAAUUGCAAAAUGCAAGUAUAUAUUCAAUUUUAUCAAGGCUUUAUCCAUAUUUUACAAAUAAUUUUAAUGCAUCACAUUCAGCCUUGUUUCACGAGAGACCUACGAAUUGGCCAAGUGCAAUUUUUUUGGAGCUUCAUCCUUGCAACCAGUUAUUUAAUGGUCCAGGAAAAAUGUUUAUGAAGCCAUCGCUAUAAUUUCACAUUAAAUGAGUUGAGAAAAACUGCGAGGUGCAUUCGUCGAGUAUCCCUCGAGGGGCAAACUGCGGCGUGGUGGGUAAAAAACGAUUGGAAAAUGCGAGUUUUCGAAAAUUGAAUCCCUCCAAUGAUCAUUCAAAAAUUUCGCGAAUCCAUCGUUAUUGAAUAUUUUUUAGUGCAUCGAACUUGGCAUAAAUAUAUUGAAAAAUUUAGCACUCACUUGACUAGUGUAAAAGUUGAUAAUUUCGGUUUUUUUAAAAUUGUGAUUAUGAUAAAAAUUUGAAGGGACGAUCCCAGUUCUUAUGAGUGAAGGCUACGAAUGAGGGUUCUUUGUAUCUUAUUGAAAUCGAACUUGUGACGUUCAUCAUUACUCGCACGAUAUAGCAUUCCGUAACUGCGAGAAUCAUUCGAAAGGUAAAGGACCCGUCGAUAAUAUAAUAACGAAUUGUAUCCAUGUACAUAUGCGCAGGUAGGCAUAUGUAUAUGUAUAUGAUGAUAAAUAUUCCAAGUCACUUUAGUAAGCCGGAAGUAGCAGUAUUUCGUGAAUCUUUCGGUGCUCCCUCUCGUCGCGCAUCACAUUUUAAAGCGACAAAAACUCUUGAUAAGAUUUUUAUUAUUGACUUUGGACCAUGCGAUUCCGAUAUUUGAGAAAAUUUUUAUUUAUUUUCAUGAUUUUUAACGUUCACUCGUGUGGGAGGCGAUGCGAUGGGAUUAACGGAAGUGAUAUAAAAAUAAAAUAAAAAUAACUAUAAUUUUUAUAUUUACGAUUGAGAAAGUCAUGAAGCGGCUCGUAUUAUCAGUCGAGCUAACUCGUAAAAAACUUUUAACGCGAACAAAAAGAAAUUGCUUAUCUUCGAUAUAACGUUUUACUCGCCGGGAACCCUCGGGGUCCCAGCAUUCGCAACUCUAUAUAUGUAUAUAUAUACAUCAUCAUACCCGCUUAGAAUGUAACCGUGGUGUACAUGAGUGCGUGAAAAGAGACUAAAUAAUUGCGAAAGCGAAAAUUUUGUCAUUGAGAAAAUACUGAGAAUUCUAUCGCUUAACUGUCGUGCUGCUGGUGAGACUAAUGUAAUGCCUGAAAAAAUGGCCUUGAAUCGUAAACGAGAGUAUUGAAUUACCGGAAGACUGCUAUACCCCAAAUGUGCAAUCAACACGCCGGCAAUCGAUGUCAAUAGGGAAAGUAAAAAUCAAGACGAAGUAUCUACACACGCACGUGGCGCGAGUAACGUGAUCAAAAGUACGAUGAAUUCCGUCGACUAGCGACGUGAUCACCGAAAUACAAACAAAAAACAAACAGACAAACCAAAAGAGGAACGACGAGAUGAAAAGAAGAAAAAAAAAACGAAUCUUCGUUCGAUUUUCAUCUAUCUUAACCUCAUUCUCAUUUCAUUAAACGUGGUAAUUUUUAUAAGCAGUCCCUAUUGUCACCGAUAAAACGAACAAAACGAACAUCCACGCUUAGCAUUUAUUCGUAAUCGCGAGAAAGAAAGAGCGGGAGAUGUGACAGAGUGGGACACGAUAAAACAAACAAAUAAUCGUAGGUUAGAAGUUACUAUUGAUUGUCAGAAUGUGCGAGUGCGAGAGAGAGAGAGAGAGAAAGAGAGCGAACGCGCGAGAACAAACGUAAGGGAGAAAAAAAAUCUUACUAUAAUUAAGCGAACAUUCAUCAUGUAUCCCCUGAUGGACAAUAUUAACAAUUUUGUAUUUGUAUAGAACGAGAGAGUCGAGAGAUCGAAAGGCUCGGCUGAAUAUUGAUCCGAAACAGCUCGGCAUCUGAUUAAUAGAGUGGCGUUUAACGAGCUGCUGUAAUUAAUCUAUGUUUCGAGUGGUUUCUUCCCUCCGUUUCGCACAACGGAGAGAAAGCGUUUCAACUUUUUUUCCAUUUCAGUAUCUCAUUUGAAGUUCUUCCAAUAAUGCGAAAUCUGGGAGACUGAUCACAGCCAGAUAAAUUUUCCGAUUGCCCCCAUUUUAUCCGUGUUGCAUUGAACUUUUUUCACGCAAUCUCGAGACAGUGCCCGAGUUUCAUAAUUGCUAAAUGAGAUUGUGUUUUAUUCCUCGAUGAAAAUAAUUGUUAACGAAUUUACUGAUUCCUACGACACUGCCUGACUGUCGCAUGUAACAAUUAACACAAUUCCAUUCAAUUUCAUCGUCAACUUUUAACAAUAACAUUGAAAAAUGACUAUCUCGGUUGAGUUCUACAACUUUAAUUGAUAUUAGUACCUGUGAUAAAUGGUUUAAAUUUAGUUGAAUUUUUUAUUCUUCUAUUGUAUCCAUCCGGCUUUUUUUUCUCAAAAUGUACACCCGAUUGAGUGACUUGAAAAUUAUUUUAUUCGAUCAUGAAUCAAAAAUGCACGUAAUCGCGCGACGUCUUCGAGUAUUUGAAACAUCUUAGUCAUUGAAAUCUUUCUGUACUCUAUAUGUUAUGGGAAAAGAUUUACUUUUUUAUUUUAAGGAGCGGACGAAUAAGAAAUCUGAUUGUUUUGUAUGAAUCUGUAUUAUAGUUGCUUUAUCGUUAUUUAUACAUGUAUUUAUUUCAUAAUCGUCGAUGUAAAGUUAUUAUUAUUAUUAUUAUUAUUAUUAUGUAUACACAAUAAUCGCCGGAGAUCGAUCGACCAACGACUCAUUCGCUCAUGAAAAUAAAAAUCGAUAUGAUACUAUUGCUUUAUACAAUAAAUAUCAUAAGUGAAUAAAAGUAAGAUCGGAGACCGA